CGAUGAUGUCCGGACUGCCGGAGGCGCUGAGCCGGCUGAGGGCCAGCUCGCUGCGCAGCUGCUUCAGCCUGGCGGGGCCGGCCGAGUCCACCAUGGUGGCCCUGCCCAUCGACAUCGACAAGGACGAAGUCCGCAUCCUGAAGGUCUGCUUCCACAGCAACAGCUUCAACAUGGGCAAGAACUUCAAGCUGGUGAAGUGCACCGUCAUGACGGAGAUCCGGGAGGUGAUCCGGUCCAUCCUGCAGAGUGGCCCGGACAUCCAGCUGGCCGAGUGCUACGGCUUGCGCCUGAAGCACGUGAAGUCGGACGAAAUCCACUGGCUGCACCCGGACAUGACGGUGGGCGAAGUCCAGGACAAGUACGAGCGCCUGCACAUCGAGGCCGAGUGGAGGUACGACCUCCAGAUCCGCUACCUCCCCGAAGAUUACCUGGAGCGCUUCCAGGAGGACCGGACAACGCUCUUCUACUUCUACCAGCAGCUCCGGAGCGAGUACAUGCAGCGGUACGCGGACAAAGUGAGCGAGGGGAUGGCCCUGCAGCUCGGCUGCCUGGAGCUCAGGAGGUUCUACAAGGACAUGCCGCACAACGCCCUGGAGAAGAAGUCCAACUUCGAAUUCCUGGAGAAGGAGGUGGGGCUGGAUCUGUUCUUUCCCAGGCAGAUGCAGGAGAGCCUGAAGCCCAAGCAGUUCCGCAAGAUGAUCCAGCAGACCUUCCAGCAGUACGCCCUGCUGCGCGAGGAGGAGUGCAUCAUGAAGUUCCUCGGGACCCUCGCCACCUUCGCCAACAUCGACCAGGAGAGCUACUGCUGCGAGCUGAUUCAAGGGUGGAACAUCGUGGUUGACCUGGUGAUCGGGCCCAAGGGCAUCCGGCAGAUGACCAGCAAGGAGGCGAAGCCCACCUGCCUGGCCGAGUUCAAGCAGAUCAAGUCGAUCAAGUGCACCGCCGUGGAGGAGGGGCGGGCCCUGCUGCAACUCGGCCUCACCGGGAACCCACAGUCCCUGACGAUCAAAACAGCCUCGUUGGCGGAGGCCGAGAACAUGGCGGACUUGAUCGACGGCUACUGCAGGCUGCAGGGCGGCUCGGGCUCCUCGCUCAUCGUGCGCCCCAGCCAAGAGAACGAGAAGCGGUCCAGCCUGCCCCAGGUCCCGAUACAGCACCUGGAGGAGCGGUGGUCCACACUGCACAAGAGCUUCAGCGGAGAUUCCGAAAUUUAUGUUGAGAUCCCAGACGAAGCAUCCAGGCCCAAAUCUGGAGGGCAAUCGUUCGCAAUCUCCCGGGAGGACGUCGUUCUGGGCCGAAUCCUGGGAGAAGGCUUCUUCGGGGAAGUCUACGAGGGCGUCUUCACCACGGAGACCGGGGAGCGCCUCAGUGUGGCUGUGAAGACCUGCAAGAAGGACUGCACGGCCGAGAACAAGGAGAAGUUCAUGAGCGAAGCGAUCCUGAUGAAGAAGAUGGACCACCCCCACAUCGUGAAGCUCAUCGGCAUCACGGAGGAGGAGCCCACCUGGAUAGUCAUGGAGCUCUAUCCCUACGGAGAGCUGGGCCACUACCUGGAGCAGAACAAGGCCUCGCUCAAGGUGCAGACGCUUGUCCUGUACACCCUGCAGAUCGGCAAGGCCAUGGCCUACCUGGAGGCCAUCAGCUGCGUGCACAGGGACAUCGCGGUCCGGAACGUGCUGGUCGCCUCCCCCGAGUGCAUCAAGCUUGGGGACUUCGGCCUCUCCAGGUACAUCGAGGACGACGAAUAUUACAAAGCCUCCGUGACGCGCCUGCCCAUCAAGUGGAUGGCGCCGGAGUCCAUCAACUUCCGCCGCUUCACCUCGGCCAGCGACGUGUGGAUGUUCGCCGUCUGCAUGUGGGAGAUCCUGAGCUUCGGCAAGCAGCCCUUCUUCUGGCUGGAGAACAAGGACGUGAUCGCCGUGCUGGAGAAGGGCGACCGCCUGCCCAAGCCGGACGCCUGCCCGCCCAUCCUGUACGCCCUCAUGACGCGCUGCUGGGACUACGACCCCAGCGACAGGCCCAAGUUCAAGGAGCUGGUCUGCAGCCUCAGCGACAUUUACCAGAUGGAGAAAGAGAUCGCCCGGGAGCAAGAGAGGAACAGCCGCCACCGGCCCCCCAAGAUCAUGGAGCCCCCCUCUUACCAAGAGCCCCCUCCAAAGCCCAGCCGACCGAAGUACAAGCCGCCCGCUCAGACCAACCUGCUGGCACCCAAACUGCAGUUCCAGGUGCCCGAGGGUCUGUGUGCCAGCUCGCCCACGCUCACCAGCCCCAUCGAGUACCCGUCUCCCGCCAGCUCCCUGCACACCCCGCCGCUCAACAGGCACAACGUCUUCAAGCGCCACAGCAUGAGGGAGGAGGACUUCCUUCGGCCCAGCAGCCGCGAGGAGGCCCAGCGGCUGUGGGAGACGGAGCGCGCCAAGAUGCAGCAGCUGCUGGAGAAGCAGCAGAAGCAGAUGGCGGAGGACUACCAGUGGCUGCGGCAGGAGGAGAGGGCGCUGGACCCCAUGGCCGCUGUGAACAGCAAUUACUCCUCCCCAAAACUCCCUGAGAAGGAGUCUGGUUACACUGAGUUUACAGGACCACCCAAGAAGCCCCCCCGACUUGGGCCUCAGAUGUCGCUUCAGCCCACCCCCACGGCCAACCUGGACCGGACGGACGACGCGGUGUACAGCAACGUCAUGGACCUGGUGAAGGCGGUCCUGCAGCUCAAGAACGAAGUCAGCAACCACCCGCCCGAGCGGUACAUCCUGGCCGUCAAGGACGUGGGUCUCUCCCUCCGGAAGCUCAUUGGGAGUGUGGACGACGUCCUUCCGGCUCUUCCGGGAUCCUCGCGCACCGAGAUCGAGGGGACGCAGAGGCUCCUGAACAAGGACCUGGCCGAGCUGAUCAACAAGAUGCGCCUGGCGCAGCAGAACGUGGCCACGUCGCUGAGCGAGGAGUGCAAGCGGCAGAUGCUGGCGGCCUCGCACUCGCUGGCCGUGGACGCCAAGAACCUGCUGGACGCCGUCGACCAGGCCAAGGUGCGCGCCAAGCUGGCGAGGGUCUCCUUCGAGUGACGCCGGCCCGCGCCCCGCGUCCUGCCCACCCCGCCACCCAACGCCCCCGUCUUCGCAUCUGUCGUGUGUGUCUUCUGAGAACAACGGAGGCGGCUGCGGAACGAGGCCGGGCCUGGGCAGGGAAGCCCGACGACGGGCGGCCUCGACCGAGCGGGGCUCCCGAACCUGCACCGGGCGCCCGUCGGAGGAAACGGCUGCCGGCCUGCGAGAUGCUUCCUCGGAGGGCACCUCCCGAGGCCGGUGGGAAGUCGGAGGGGUUCGGAGGCGAGGGGGCUCGUAGACCCCCCCACCCCCGUUCUCAGGAUAAGGCAGAGGAUGGUGGGUCCGAGAGCCCCUCGCGCUCCAAGGGCCCGAGCGCCCGGUUCCGGGAGAAGAUGCUCGCCAGGUCGCUCUGCGUCACCUUGACGGAAGAAAUUCCCAGGGGAAUACGGGUUCUUCAGAAGAGACUGUUUGCGUCUUUGUACAUUGUAUAGAAGCAUUUAUUUAACGCCACGUCCGAACCGUGUGUGUUGCACCCGCACCCCAAAUCCUUUCUUCUCUGCUGCCCAACUUCCUCUGAAUUUGGGACGAGCCUUGAACUGCCCCGGAAGCGCAGGAAGCGCAUCCAAAGGGAGUCGCUCCCGCUGCGGGGGGGCCGCUCUGGCCCACGGUCGCGGGAGGAGAGACUCGGGGGAGCUGCUUCACCCCCAGAUCUGUCACGGGCUCCCCCGUGCCGUCAUGCCUCUGCCAGCUUGGGGGGCUUUAUUUACAUUUCAGGUAGACAUGCCUGGGGCGAGGGGAGGGCGCCCCAUCCCCCCAGGCAAACACACAGGCAGAAUUAGAAAUUAACUGUACACUGUGGUUUUCUUGGUUGGGUUUGAAAUUAGCUGUGCCUCACAGCCUCAGAACUCAGGUUCGCUACUGAAAGAAACAAACAUUUUGCUGAAAACCAACAACCAGGUUUUGAAGGAUGGAAAGCCAUUCACCUCUAUGUGAAUCCCUCUAUACUGAAUGUGGGUUCCACCCUCCCCCAAAAUCUCAUUUUUUUGUGCCUGAAAAAUGAAUGCGAUGGCCGCGUCGCAUUCCCCAUGGUAAGGGGAAACAAUAGAAUACAUGUCAUAUUAUAUAUUUCUGUGCUUAAAAGGGCCGCAUCGGAAAUACUCCUGUUUGAAAUGUGUUUUUUGACUGGAAAAUUGUACUGUCACUUUUAUGGCUUUGGCCACUCAUAACGAUGCUGAUAUUUUGCCUGAGAUAAAUGGGGUUCAAAGUU